AAACUCAAUGAUGCUAUCUUUUAUAACGAAAUUAAAAUAAACAAUGCCGAUUUACAGUAUUUCUCAUGGAAAAAUAUGCGAGAUAAAAUACAAGCCUUAAAAGUAAAUUAUAAAACUACAGUGGAUUGGCAUCUCAACACCGGAAUUUUGAAAACCAAGGAUUUCAAUUCUAAUCACAUUACCACCAUAUGCCCUUUCUUCAAGGAACUGGACAAAAUUUUUGGUACUAGCAGUUUCAAAACUUUGGAAAAUCAGACGAAUUGGAACAACAGCCCGGCUUCAUACUCAAUUUCGUUGCAGAAAGAAAGAUCAAAUCUUAACAAAACUGCAUUAGAGAUUAACGCAAAUGUCGAAAAAGAAAAAAUAAAACUUAAUAUAAGAAAAAAAGAAUUUAAUGAAUUUGUAGAAAAAGUUAAAUUGUGCAUGAAUAAGAAAAAGUUGGAAAUAGAACGCAAAAAAUUGGAACAAGAAGCGAUGAUUAAACUGAAGGAAAUAGAAUCCAAAGAAAGAAUUGAAACUUUGCGUAUUAAAAGAAAAUUUGAAUUAACGAAAUAUGAACUAGAACUGAAAUAUAAAUGUAUUAAAGUUGAUUAGUUCAUGUAUAGAAAUUUAUUAAAGUUAUA